CCGGCAAGCCCACCACCGUGCCCUCCAGCGCCGCCGCCGCCACCGCCGCAGCCGGAGCAGCAUGGUCCAGCUAGGGAAGCUGCUCCGCGUCCUGACUUUGAUGAAGUUCCCCUGCUGCGUGUUGGAGGUGCUCCUGUGCGCGCUGGCGGCGGCGCGCGGCCAGGAGAUGUACGCCCCGCACUCCAUCCGGAUCGAGGGGGACGUCACCCUCGGGGGGCUGUUCCCCGUGCACGCGAAGGGUCCCAGCGGAGUGCCUUGCGGAGACAUCAAGAGGGAGAACGGGAUCCACAGGCUGGAAGCGAUGCUUUACGCCCUGGACCAGAUCAACAGCGAUCCCAACCUGCUGCCCAACGUGACGCUGGGCGCGCGGAUCCUGGACACUUGUUCCAGGGACACUUAUGCGCUCGAACAGUCGCUCACUUUCGUCCAGGCGCUCAUCCAGAAGGACACCUCCGACGUGCGCUGUACCAACGGCGAGCCUCCGGUUUUUGUUAAGCCAGAGAAAGUAGUUGGAGUGAUUGGUGCUUCGGGGAGUUCGGUCUCCAUCAUGGUAGCCAACAUCCUGAGGCUUUUCCAGAUCCCCCAGAUUAGUUAUGCAUCAACGGCACCUGAGUUAAGUGAUGACCGGCGCUAUGACUUCUUCUCUCGUGUGGUGCCACCUGACUCCUUCCAAGCCCAGGCCAUGGUAGACAUUGUAAAGGCCUUAGGAUGGAAUUAUGUGUCUACUCUUGCAUCCGAAGGAAGUUAUGGAGAGAAAGGUGUGGAAUCCUUCACGCAGAUUUCCAAAGAGGCAGGUGGGCUCUGCAUUGCCCAGUCCGUGAGAAUCCCCCAAGAGCGCAAAGACAGAACCAUUGACUUUGAUAGAAUUAUCAAACAGCUCCUGGACACCCCCAACUCCAGGGCCGUCGUGAUUUUUGCCAACGAUGAGGAUAUAAAGCAGAUUCUUGCAGCAGCCAAAAGAGCUGACCAAGUGGGCCAUUUUCUCUGGGUUGGAUCAGACAGCUGGGGAUCCAAAAUAAACCCACUGCACCAGCAUGAAGAUAUUGCAGAAGGAGCCAUCACCAUUCAGCCCAAGCGAGCAACUGUGGAAGGGUUUGAUGCCUAUUUUACGUCCCGCACGCUUGAAAACAACAGAAGAAAUGUCUGGUUUGCCGAAUACUGGGAGGAAAACUUCAACUGCAAGUUGACGAUUAGUGGGUCAAAGAAAGAAGACACAGAUCGCAAAUGCACAGGACAAGAGAGAAUUGGAAAAGAUUCCAACUAUGAGCAAGAGGGAAAAGUCCAGUUCGUGAUUGACGCUGUAUAUGCAAUGGCUCAUGCACUUCAUCACAUGAACAAGGAUCUCUGUGCUGACUAUCGAGGUGUCUGUCCAGAGAUGGAGCAGGCUGGGGGCAAGAAAUUGUUGAAGUAUAUCCGCAACGUGAAUUUCAAUGGUAGCGCGGGUACUCCUGUCAUGUUUAACAAGAAUGGGGACGCUCCCGGACGUUAUGACAUCUUUCAGUACCAGACCACAAAUACCACCAACCCUGGAUACCGCCUUAUCGGACAAUGGACAGAUGAGCUGCAGCUCAAUAUUGAGGACAUGCAGUGGGGUAAAGGAGUUCGGGAGAUACCCCCAUCCGUGUGUACACUGCCAUGCAAGCCCGGGCAAAGAAAGAAGACACAGAAGGGAACCCCCUGCUGCUGGACCUGUGAGCCUUGCGAUGGCUACCAGUACCAGUUUGAUGAGAUGACAUGCCAGCAUUGCCCCUAUGACCAACGGCCCAAUGAAAACCGAACAGGCUGCCAGGAUAUUCCCAUCAUCAAACUGGAAUGGCAUUCCCCAUGGGCCGUCAUCCCUGUCUUCCUCGCAAUGUUGGGCAUCAUCGCCACUAUAUUUGUCAUGGCCACUUUCAUCCGCUACAAUGACACUCCCAUCGUCCGGGCAUCUGGGCGGGAACUGAGCUAUGUUCUGUUAACUGGCAUCUUUCUCUGCUACAUCAUCACUUUCUUGAUGAUAGCCAAACCUGAUGUGGCAGUGUGUUCUUUCCGGAGAGUUUUCUUGGGCUUGGGAAUGUGCAUCAGUUAUGCAGCCCUCUUGACAAAAACCAAUCGGAUUUAUCGCAUCUUUGAACAGGGCAAGAAAUCAGUGACAGCGCCCAGACUCAUAAGCCCAACAUCACAGCUGGCAAUCACUUCCAGUUUAAUAUCAGUUCAGCUUCUAGGUGUUUUUAUUUGGUUUGGUGUUGAUCCCCCCAACAUUAUCAUAGAUUAUGAUGAACAUAAGACAAUGAACCCUGAGCAGGCCAGGGGAGUUCUCAAAUGUGACAUUACAGAUCUUCAAAUCAUAUGUUCCUUGGGAUAUAGCAUUCUUCUCAUGGUCACAUGUACUGUGUAUGCCAUCAAGACUCGGGGUGUCCCAGAGAAUUUUAAUGAAGCUAAACCCAUUGGAUUCACUAUGUACACAACAUGUAUAGUUUGGCUUGCCUUCAUUCCAAUUUUUUUUGGCACCGCUCAAUCGGCAGAAAAGCUCUACAUACAAACUACCACGCUUACAAUCUCCAUGAACUUAAGUGCAUCAGUGGCGCUGGGGAUGCUAUACAUGCCGAAAGUGUACAUCAUCCUUUUCCACCCUGAGCUCAAUGUCCAGAAACGGAAACGCAGCUUCAAGGCGGUAGUCACAGCAGCCACCAUGUCAUCGCGCCUGUCACACAAACCCAGUGACAGACCCAACGGUGAGGCAAAGACAGAGCUCUGUGAAAACGUAGACCCCAACAACUGUAUACCACCAGUAAGAAAGAGUGUACAAAAGUCUGUUACUUGGUACACUAUCCCACCAACAGUAUAGCUAUUGCCUGCUUUCCAAAAGCAAAAACAUAGAAAAGGUUUGCUGGCUGAUCUUGAUAAUGUGUUGAAGAUUAUUUGUGGCUCAAAGUUCUGCCUUGGAGAAACACUGAACCAACUUCACUUAUUUCAGAAAACAAGAAAAGUUUCAUUGAAAGGCCUGAAGAGUCUAAAGAUACAUUUCAAUAUUAGUCAAAUCCAAGAAUUACCAAUAAAUAGCAAGGGUAAACUAA